AUGUCUUGUGGGAAUCUGCGUCUUCUGCUGCUACUGCUGAGCGUCAUUUUCACCUUUGCUGCUAAGGGAGCACUAGGGCUGAAGAGUGAACUCCUUUGUAACCAGUGUUCGGGAUGUGAAACAAUCAAGUGCCCUCCAACCGAGUCAUACCCCCACAUGACCGCACAUGAUGACUCUCUGAUUGCCGGAGCCCUGCAAUCUGACUUUGUUAGCUCGGAAGACAGAGGUGUCUAUUCUGUACCAGACAUAAAAGGUGGUGAAUCUUCAAAAUACAACACUUACUAUGGCUGGGAAUCAACUUCAGGUUCAGUUUCGGGUUACCAUAGAUUCAGGAACUAUAUGGACAAAUGUUCACAAGGGCAAAGCUACCUGACAGUGGACCAGCAGGGUAAAGUGAGACUCCGUUCUUUGAGCUCGCUAGAUGAUUUGGGCGAUGCAGACUGGAAAUCAUUCAAUCCUCCCAAGGAAUUAAAUCACCGUGAAUUCCGAUACUGGGUCAAUCGUCGUACAGGAAAAUGCCUGACAGUCCUUCCAAAUGGCAAGGCAGAGAAACACGUAGUAGGUAUUGCUGACUGCAGAUUUGAUGGCUCCAACCCAUUCCAGCUCUUUGCCUUCCGGUUCCAUUACCAUAAAGCCUUCUGUUGCUGUAAUGUUCAUAAUAACUAG